CUGAACUGAACUGAGGUCUGAGGACUAAAAUUUGUGGUACUGUUGGUGUUAACCUGUACUGUUUUUGAGUGAUUUUGUAUACUAUAUAGUUUAUCAUACUCAUUGUUGUGAAAUCUUUUGUCUUUUUUAACUUGUGUAAAAUGAAGCUAUUAACACAUAAUAUGUUAACUUCAAAGUGUAUCAAAGGAGUUAAAGUUGGUUAUCCAUUGCGAAUAACGGCUAAGGAUGUCAAAGUCUCUGAGUUGGAUUUCAACCAAGAAUUUGUAUCAAGGAUCAUUCCCAAAAUUGACUGGAAUACGCUGUAUGGCGCUGCUGAAGGAUUGGGACAUGCCAGUGAUCUGCCAAAAACUCUUGUCGAAGAUUAUGAAAAUAAUGAGGAGUUCCUGAAGAAAGUUCAUCAUGUUUUACUUGAGGUUGAAGUAAUCAGUGGGGAAUUGGUCUGCCCAGAGACUGGACGCAAGUUCCCAAUCACUUCUGGAAUCCCAAACAUGUUAUUGAAUGAAGACGAGGUCUGACCUCCAGCCCCCCUGCCUUUUGCGCAGGUUCAGUAACUCUCCCAUACACCAUAUUAUACUUUUCUAUUGUACUAUAUAAACUGUUAAGUAUGUAAGUAUUUAUAAAGUUGUGUAAUUUUUUAAUGAUUAGUUAAGUAGCUGAGAAUAAAAACUUUUGUUACCAGAAUAUGUUCUUAAAUACUAAGCCUAAUUGCUUUUACCUUUAUUAGAGGGUCAUUUAAUAAGCUACUACAAAUUACUAUUCAAAAACAGUUUAUUCAAUCAGUACAACACUUUGGUUACUUUUCAACAUAGUCCUCAGCUACACUUAUACACUUGUCCUAUCUUUCUGCUAAUUUUUGAAAUGUCCUUGGCAUAAAACUCUUUGGGUGGCUUGUGAACUUGAUUUUGACCUCUGCAUUAGAUUGAAAAUGUUUCCCUCAUAGACUUUUUAAGCGGACCAAGCAGAUGGAAGUCUGAUGGAGUGUGGUCAGGGAUGUGGAAGAAUCUCCCAAAUGGGAGUUUAAGUGGGAGAAGUUGUAUUCUUCCACUCAAGAUUCUUUUCGCUUUUACUCUAGCUCAUAGUGGUGGAGCCAUGUUUCAUCACACGUUACAAUUCGUUUCAAAUACCUUCUCCUCCAGUCGAAUAUUGAUUUUUGAACUGUUGACUUAUUUGAAGCAGGGUUUCUUGUGAGGGUCACUCAACUCACACAGAUUUUCUUGUACUGCAGCUUGUUAUGAAUAAUUUGAUGGACAGUUCCAACACUCACAUUUAUUUUUACACCUAUCAGUUCAAAAAUGAUACGCCUAUUGUCCUGAAUUAACGUGUAAAUCCGAGAUUCUAGAAAGGAAGCCCUAACUUCGAUCAGCCGUACAUUGUGUUGCUUGUCAGAAACUGUUGUACGGCAACUUUGAAUUUGUUUUACCCAUUUGUAAACGUUUGAUUGAUUCAAACAACUAUUUCCAUAUACUUUUAACAUACUUCUGUGUAUUAUACAACUUUUCUCACCCUCCACUACUAAAAAACUGAUCACAGCAUGUUACUCUUCCCCACUGCAGUUCUCGAGCAGUCUCGCUAUUGUUAACUGAAUAAAUUUGAGACUAUGUGUAAAAAAUAUGAUUUAACAGCUGGUCAGAACUUUAUGUCCUUAAAGUUUCAUAUGGAUCAACUCAGCCAUUUUUGAGCAGUAGUAAUUUGUCUCGUUACUUAUUGAAUGACCCUCAUAGGCAUUUCGCCUUCACAUAUUAUAAGUAUAUAGCCAUCUUAAUUUUAACUGGAACUAUAAUUACUGUCAUGUAUAUAAUGCUGAAUACACAUCAUCUACAUCUAUACUACCAUAGUUUAAUCAUAUGUUACUCAUUUUCAAAACUAUUAUAGGAUUUUUAUUUUCCCUUUGAUUUUUGGUUAUGUGUUUUAUUUUGUUCGUUUUUAGCAAAACAUAGUACUACAGUAUUGAUAUUUUGGCCUUUUUUCUAAAUAAAUGUAUGAUUACUGUGCAUAAUUCAAAAUAAAUGUAAUUAAUAUUUAAUUACAUGUUUUACAGUUUUUGUAAAUAUUUAAAAAUUUUCUUCUUUUUCUUGAAACAUUAGUUUCAGACAAAUAUAAAGAGUUUUGUUACUUUUAGAGUGCUCUCCUUCAGAUUUUUAUUGAAGAUAUAUACAUUGAAAGAAUGGUCACUGUUUACUAAUAAAACUUAUAGAAAAAAUCGAAAAGCCUUAACUCUAUUCACUGUAACAAAAUAUUUGAGGAUUGCUACAAAUCCAAAGCCAAACGUAAAAUCAAACUGUAUGAUAUAGCUCAAGAAACAAUUUAAAACUAAGGAGUUAUGAAUUGGCACAUCCAGUCAUAUUAAAAUCUAAGCAACCAUGGACUUAAUAUAUGCUAAAUUGUGUUUCACUUCACUUCUAUGGUACUUUAUCUAGAAAAUUUACAAAAAAAUAAUAUUGUUCCUAUAUGGUUUUUAUUUAAAAAUAAACAACCUUUCAAAAUUUGUUAAAAAUGUAAAAUUGUUAUUUACCUUUUAGAAUUGCUGUCAUCAGAUGUAUGUUUAUGUCUGUACAUUGUUAAAUUAUUAUUGUGUACUUGUAAAAGAAAAUAAAACUUAGUAAACAAUUAA